GCCUUACGGGCAGAUCGAGUUGGUAAACACGCAACACUGUUGUGUACUGCCUUCACAGACGGUAGGGCUCUUUACCUAGUUCAGUUCCUUGCCCCGUCGCGAAAUUCGAUUUGUAGUUUUUAGCUGCGUGAUGUAUUCUUAGGUGGACAGGAGCCAAAUGGCCUCGGAGCGGAGGUAGAGACUAAGGAGAUGAGGUACGGCCAGCUGAAGGGCCUGGCUGAAGAUGACGGUGUCAGGAUCCUGCAGAAGCUCUCCAGCCCCGAGCUGCAGGACAUGUUCAACAGGCUCACCUGUGAGAGCGAUCUCGAUGGCGCCAGGAUGUGCCUCGUGGUCAGGGUGCUGGCCAAGCUGUGCGUGGUCGAGUACCAACCCCUCGUCGCCAGCUUGUUCUGCCGGGUGUGUCGACAAGAGUUUCUCAACAGGCUGCUCCUGCACAUCGUGCAGCUAAGCGUUUUGACUGACGAUACGGCCGCCACAGCCGACUUCUAUCGGGACUUCUGCCGACUAUGCCACGGCAUAGUGAAGUUGAUCCCGACGCUCGCCUGGGACAAGCUCGACAACAUGGUCCGCAAGGCCGCAUCCGAGCUGACCCAGCUGCCUCCCUUCGAGGGGGCUACAGAAAUUGGCAAGGAUUUGGACUUGAUCAGGGCCAAGCUGGCCGUCGAGAGGGAGCGUUUGAGCAAGGACCCACAGCCACCAUCUUCUCGCUCGAGAUGGAGGACCGGUGGGAAGCAGUCUGCUCAUCACAAGUUCCGGUUUGACGACUUGACCCCACCCGACGACUUCCGCAUGAUAUCCGUCUACCCGACGGUGGAGGACAUCUCUGAGCCAGGGCAGCCGUACCUAAGGCGCGCUCUACCGCGUGGGCCUUACCGGGACGCCAACCACUACCUGGACGUGCACUUCCGUUUGCUGAGGGAGGAUUUUGUGCGUCCACUGCGCGAGGGCAUCGUGGAGUACUGCAAGAAGAUGGCGGAGAUGCCGCCAGACAG